AGCGGGACCAAGGCGCAUGCGGGUUUGGUUGUCAGCUCGCCAGCGCGCGGAAUCGUUUCAAGACGCGCGUCGGCUAAACGUUUUAGUCAAAAGCAAGGUGACGCAGCUAGUAAAAAAUAUCUUAGUUUUUAAUAAAAAAGUUUUUGUCAUAGUUUUGUCCAUAUAGCACUGUCACCGAGGAAGAACAUGUGGAAUCAAGGUAGUUAUUCCGACUAUAGUAUGGGGGGUGGCUACACGCAGUCUCCGGGGGGGUUUGCAUCCCCAGCUGCAUCACAAGGAGGAGAGAAAAAGGGACGAAUGAGAGCCCAGCAGAUUGUCCCCUGCACAGUGUCCCAGCUCCUGUCUGCCACACAAUCUGAGGACGUCUUCAAAGUAGGAGAGGUGGAAAUUGCUCAGAUCACUUUGGUGGGUGUCAUAAGAAACAUGGAAAAGUCCAUGACCAACAUCCAGUAUAAAGUGGAUGACAUGACAGGGCCCCCUAUGGAUGUGAAGCAGUGGGUGGACACUGAGGACCCGAGUGUUGAGAGUACAGUCAUUCCUCCUGGUACUUAUGUCAAAGUCUCUGGAAACCUUCGCUCCUUCCAGAACCACAAGACUGUGGUGGCAUUCAGCGUGCGCCCCCUGGAGGACAUCAAUGAGAUAACGUCCCACAUGCUGGAGGUGGUCCAGGCACAUAUGCUGCUCAGCAAACCACAAAUGGGUGGAGCCGUGCCGGUGAACAAGCCUACAGGUUCUGUCAGUUUUGGUGGUAUGGGCAGCACGGGUGGAGGCUACUCUGGGGCCAGUGACCUUGUCAACAACGGGCUGAGCCCCAGCCAGAACCAGGUCCUGAGCUUGAUCAAGAGCUGCCCUGACCCUCAAGGCAUCAGCAUCCAAGAUCUGAAAAUGAGGCUGAGUGGCAUGAGCAUUGCAGUUAUCAAGCAGGCUGUGGAAUUCCUGAGUAAUGAAGGUCACAUUUUCUCCACCAUCGAUGAAGAUCACUUCAGAUCAACCGACAAUGAUGACUAGAGCACUUGUACCCCCCCACACCCCUCCAGCCCCAGUUAAGGCUUUGGUGCAUGGACUGCCAUUCCCAUAAGCUCCCUCUUGACCAGUCCCAAUCUGACUGGAGCCACUAGAGCAGAUGGAAGGAACCUGUGCGAUUGUUGUACUUCAUUGUUUGAUGUUCCUGAGUGAAAUGGGACCCGUGAACGAGUCCAUAGGGUGAAGCGGUUCUCUGCACAGUUUAGUUUUAAUGUCUUUUGGUUUGUGUACAGACAGCUUCCUGCAUCGAAGAUUUCCACAGUGGUCUUAGUGGAAUGACUGUUUUAAAAAUGAUCAAACCAGCCGUGGCACCAAUCUCUCCAAUCUCUUUUUUUUUUGUUUGUUUCAGAUUAAAAAUUUUGAUUGUAUUUGUGAGAUGAUGUGUCAGGAUCUUCCUUUGGGACACCCAGGGCCAUUUCCAUUUGGGGCGGGAUGCAGCAGAAUGGAGUAAUGUCGACAUCAGAUAUGCAACCAUAGUUUUUGAUGAGCUUUAUGCCAGGGUAUUACAGUAGGGCCUUAUUAGUGAAUUACUUUGAUAGGACACAGCUAUCUUACACUCAGAUUCCCUGUUAAACCAUUGUAACUGGUUACUUGGGGGUCGGGUCUACCAAAAAGGUAAAUAUAUAUAUUUUUUGGCAUCUGAAAUUUUCCCUUGUCUCUUGCAGUCUGCAGUUUGUUUGUUUUUUCCUUCCUGUGUCUAUGAGACAUCAAACAAUUUAGCCUAAGUCUGCUAAGUGUGUUUGCCUGCCUGGUAUAAAUAGGGAGACUUUUCUGUCUUGGCCAGUGUUAAUACAUGCAUGCAGGUGUCAUUUGCUAACUUCUUGUAAAAACUGUACUUAAACAGGAACAGGCUUGGUUCCAUCACCACACAAAUAAACGUUGCAGAAACUGGACUUCUGAAAUGACA